GACUGAACAACGACCCGACCUGUCGCGAUACCGGAUAUGAUGACUGAUGAUAAGAAACGAUGAUGAGCCAUCGCAUAGACCGUGACGUCUCUGUCAUGGUGCAAAAGUUAGAGAAUGAUUUCAAGAGCAGUGGUCGUCGCCUCACCGUAACCGCUGUCUACGACAGCAUCAAAAACUCAAACUCCAGUCUGGCCCGGCAGAAAAAGAGGCCGCUAGAAGAUGCCAUUGAUCGGGUUCUCUCGAAGCGGGCCGAGGAACUCAAGCAGGGCGAGGAUUCGGAUUCGGACGCCGCGAUCGAGGCGGCUGAGGCUGCUGAGGCGAAGCUUGCAAACAAACCCCUUGAACGUAACUCGUACCUCCUCAACAGAAAGAUUACCCAGUCGUGGAACUUCUCCACCACCACAAACUCGACAUCUCUCGGGGACCAGCAGCAGCCAGAGAUGGACAAGGGAAACUCCGAGCGGCAAUCAACCGGCGAGCCCAAGCCGAAGCGGAGGAGGACGGAACGGAGCCGGAAGGAGACUGACAGGAGCCCUCCCAGCAGCGUCUCUAUCAGGGACGUCGCCGGCCUCGACGAGGCUCUCAAUCAGCUGCUCCAUUCUGUCUAUCUUCCCCUCUCUCAGACUAGCGCCUAUGCUCAGCUGGACUACCAGUUUGACAAUGCCGUGCUGCUCCACGGCCCCUCAGGGUGCGGGAAGACGACGCUGGCGUAUGCGGUCGCUUCGCACUGCGGUCGCCCCAUGAUACCCGUUUCGGGGCCGUCUCUUGUCGGAGGCACAUCCGGGGAGUCGGAGAAGAACAUCCGCGCCAUAUUCGACGAGGCCAUCGGCCUCGCCCCGUGCCUCAUUUUCAUCGACGAGAUCGACUCGAUAGCCGGCAAGAGAGACAACGCCCAGAAGGCCAUGGAGGCCAGGAUGGUGACUGAGUUGAUCGACGGGAUGGACAGGAUCGUCCGCGGCAUGACCGACGGCAAGAACAUCGUCAUCCUGGCAGCCACAAGUCGGCCCGAGACGGUCGACCCCGCCAUCCGCAGGCGCUUUGGCGUGGAGGUGGCCGUGGGAAUGCCCGACGAGAAGGCGCGAAAGUCCAUCCUGGAGUGCCUGUCUAGGCGCCUGCCCAGAACCGAGGACAUAGAUUUUGGUGAACUUGCCAACAAGACGCCCGGCUUUAACGGUGCCGACUUGAAGCACGUCGUCACCGCCGCCCUACACGCCGCGAUGAGCGAUGAGCUACAGCAGGUCCUGCGAAUAGAGCACGCCUCCAGGCCUGAAGCAUUCACGGAUGCCUCGCCGGCGCUUCGGAACUGGCUCAUCCUCCAGGAGAACGGAAACGACUCGAUACAAGAUGUCAAGGUCACAUUCGGCCACUUCAAGACGGCUAUCGAGCAGACUCAGCCGGCAGCCAAGAGGGAGGGCUUCAGCACGAUCCCCGAUACGACAUGGGAGCAGAUCGGGGCGUUGGAGGACGUCCGCAAGGAACUGAUGAUGAACAUCAUCAACCCCAUCAUGAGGCCGGACGUCUACGCCACGGUGGGCAUCAAGCCCGCGGCCGGGAUCCUCCUCUGGGGCCCGCCCGGCUGCGGCAAGACGCUGGUCGCCAAGGCGGUGGCCAACGAGUCCAAGGCGAACUUCAUCUCGAUCAAGGGCCCGGAGCUGCUCAACAAGUACGUGGGCGAGUCGGAGCGGGCGGUGCGGCAGCUCUUCAUGCGGGCCAAGACGUCGUCGCCGUGCGUCGUCUUCUUCGACGAGAUGGACGCCAUCGUGCCGCGGCGCAACGACAACCUCUCCGACGCCAGCGCCCGCGUCGUCAACGCCCUCCUCACCGAGCUCGACGGCGUCUCGGACCGCCGCGGCAUCUACGUCAUCGGCGCCACCAACCGGCCCGACAUCAUCGACCCGGCCAUCCGCCGCCCGGGCCGUCUCGGCACCAGCGUCUACGUCGGCCUGCCCUCGCCCGAGGGCCGCGCCUCCAUCCUCAAGACCAUCUACCGCAACACCAUCCCGGGCUCCGCCGCCCCGGGGGCCCUGCCCGAGCGCGACCUCGAGCGCGUCGCCCUCGACCCGCGCUGCGGCAACUUCAGCGGCGCCGACCUGGGCAGCCUCAUGCAGGAGGCGGCCCGCGCCUGCCUGAGGAGGACCGGCGACGACCCGGCCGUCGAGGUCGACAGGUCCAUCACGCCCGACGACUGGGAGGCCGCGCUGUGCAAGGUCAAGGCCAGCGUCAAGGAUAUCGCAAAGUACGAGGCCCUGCUGGCUCGCCAGGAGAGGUAAUAAGUGGCCCCCCUUACACCUACAAUGUACUUAGACCAUAGAUUUCCAUGUUCCCCCC